CUGCUGGAGCCUGUGUGGAUUCAUAAGACAGUGUGUGUGUGUGUAUUAAAUAAAUGGGACAGCUCAUCUCAUGUUCAGGCAAAAAGCAGCUUCUUUACCACAGGCAGGUUGUAUCUGUACAGGUUCGUGCGUUGAGACCAUGAGCAACAAGUGUUUUAUGAGCCUCGGUAUUUAUCAGCUGCAGUUUAUGGGAGGUUCUUCCAGCGUUUUGAGCCUAAGACAGAGAGCAGCUAGGUCUAGGGAGCCUUUAUAUUUAGCAUUUUUGGGAGUUUUUCCUGGUCUGACUCGAGCAAGAAGUAACACUCGUAAAACAUUUUCCUUCUGCAGUUGGUUCCAGAUUUGUAUUGACUCUGAAAGCAGGAUUCCCCCCCUUCAAUAAGUAUUUCAUGAAAUCAGGACAUUUUGUGCCUCAUUUAAAAUCUAGGGGUGUGCACAAAAUAUCUCAUCAUUCCUAUGAAACACUUGACACUGAUGCAGAAAUGUGGUUAAAAGUUCAGUGAGGGUUUGAUUCGUUUAGAGAUUUAAAUGCUGCUCUCUGGUCUGGGUUUUCAUCAGCCUUAGAUGUGAGUUAAUUAAGGGGCCAGAUUAGCCAAAACACAACACUCCCCUCACUCCUACAUGAUGUAGAGGAAAACAAAGGUCAGCAUUUUCUGUGGAACUUCUUUUUUGUUCACAUCCAAAUGGAAAAGCCCAUGAAACAGUACUCCAACAGCUUUAAGAAACCAGGCAGUUCAUCGUGGUUCAGUUGCUAUGAGUGAAUACUGUGUUGUUACGAGCACACACUGCAGGAAAAGAAGAGAUUGUUUUGCAGAUGGAGGGCAUUAACGUUGUGUUGGCAGUGCUUCUUAGAAAACAUGCAUGCUGUUGAAAAUGACAGCAUCUAAACUGAAGUACAGACAAAACUGGCGACUUAACUGACUUUAACAUUUCUGUGAAGAAAAGACACGGCGGUUGGUCAGUGAGGUGCUGAUAUCAAUCUGGUUCCACAGCUUGUGUGCUUCUGUUCCCUCCUCCUGUUAGUUUUCGUUGCUGUGCAGGCGGUGCCACACUGAUAAGCCCAGCCGUGAUGACACUGGCACUUUCUAUUGUGUGGUUGUGUUCAGAGCUCAGUGCGCCCACGUUGGCCUCGUGUCGGCCCCACAGGCUGCGACAAGCUGGUGAAUCAGCAGGGUGUGAUGCCAUCGAGCGGCCUGAGUGGAAAGGCGAGGGGCCGAUGACGGUGUGGAUGUAGUCAGAGACACAGCAAGGCGUGAUUGUUGAAAGGAAGAAUGAUCUGGGUGCGCGGCCACCCUCCAUGUUGACAGAGGAGGCGCCAGAGGUCGGCGGGAAAGAGGCCACCCCAGCACCAGUCAGGCUGCCCAAACAUGAAACAAGGUCGAAAGCGACGUCCACUCCAGAGGACCAGAACCCCUGGCAUCAGCUCAGUUUAGUGAACAGCAUGGAGAGACUGGAGCCUCACCCCCGUCCCUACCCACCAGCUCGUCUUACCCCAGCCUCGUACAUCAACAGCACUGAGCCGCUCUGUGGACCAGGAGGCAAACGAGACUCUGGGUUUGGCUGUUUCUCUAGCAGCUACAGCCCAUCUGUUCAUGACCGCAGCUCGUUGGGUAGGAAGGGUACCAGCUCUGAAAACAUUUUCUUCAAGGGCCUUCAGAGUGAGCGGCCCAAGUGCCUCGGGAGUGGCGGCUGGGAGGGGUCCCGGGCAGAGGAGCAGCCUGCCUCUUGGGUCUCUGUUGCAGGGAGGCCCAGCUUUGGCCCAGUGUGGCAGGUGCCAGAGAAGAAGUCCCAGUCUCCUCCUCCCCCCCUCCGCAGUGACAGUUUCGCUGUCACAAAGGUGUUCUCGUACUCUGACGGGCCUGGUCCAACAAGGAGCCGUGGCAGAUCAGCUGAGAAACUGACAGAACAUAAUGCCCAGAACGGCCUCAGAGCACACCUGGAGAAAGCCUCAGAGGCCAGAUGCAUCUUCAACCCCCUGCCCACCAAAGACCUCCUCCACCCCAACAUGGCAGCUGACCACAACCUGCUGCACUCCAACAAGCUCUUCUCCUUGUCCAGCAGUGAUGUCAGACAGUCUCAUUAUGCCCAGCUACCUGCCCACCAGAGGCAGGUCAGCGACGAAAGCCCCUUCUACAUGCACACAAGCUCAGCUCCUCCCAGCAAGACUCAGAGUGUAGGAAGCUGCUAUCACAGCCUCCAGGAUCUGCUAACAAACGCUUUUGGCCAGAAACAGGUGCGGCACUCCACAGCAUCUGCAGCCACUUGCGCCACAAACCCACACCUGGAGGAUGGGCAGCAUAACAGGUACUACAGCCUUGCAGACAAGCAUUCGGUUCAGACCCCUGAGUGGCAGGGCAAAGCAGAGAAACCCCACUGGAUAAACAGCAAUGAACCAGGCUUCCCAAGUUCCUUGAAGACAAACGUUAAGGUAAAGUUCCCUUUGCCACAGUCCCAGACGCCAAACAAUGAAAAUCAGGAGCGCAGUGGCCAUGACCAGCAAACCUCUGAGCUGGCUGGUCAAAACCACAGCCCAGAGGAAAGACUCUCUAACAACAUGAAAAGACACUUCCCAGUACAAAGUAGUGACAAUAAGGUUAGUCUUUCAAGGCUUCAGGACCCAUGGGUGCCUCAGGAAGACUACCGUAUCUCCCCUCUGAGAACGCCUCUCCUCCACUCCCUCGCCCAGGAGAGUCUGGCUGAGAGGCAAGCCGCUGCUACCACUGGUGUUGCGUCCACCCACGAUACCAGUGACUCCAUGGCCAGUGGUGGCGGGAAAGUGAACCGACGCAGCGACCGUUACUCUACCGUCCUCCGCAAAGAGAUCCAGCAGAAGCGAGAGCAGCUACAGAAGAGCCGCAGCACUGCAACCCUGAGCUGCGACUUUGAGGACCAGGAGGCUGAGGAGUGGAGUGCUAUGGAGGCUUCUGCAUCUUCUGGCGUAUCCUUCUCCACCACCUACAAGGACCACCUGAAGGAGGCACAGGCCAGGGUCCUCCAGGCCACCUCCUUCCAGAGACGAGACCUAGAGCCCCUUAGACCUGAGACACCGCUAGUUAAAACCUCCAAUGGAUGCAUUAGGGGACCUAAACGCUUCUUGCAGGCAAACAGUACUCGCUCCUUCUCAGAGCCUGACAAGAUAGACAAAGUGGGAGUGGAGGGAGAACCUCAGGCAGGCUCUUUUGGAGAGCGGAGGAAGUUCUUUGAGGCCAGACCAGCGUUUUCCAGGCCUGUGCUGAAGCCAAGUCAAGAUACAAAGUCGAACACAGAUCUGGGCCAGACGGGCAAACCCAAAGAGAGAACUCCCACUGGAGGGCAUGAGGAGGCCCCCCCAUCUACAGAACCCAGCCACCUCCACCCUGGAAAUAAGCAGGUCUCAGUAGAGCAGCAGAGGCUUGGGACCUUCGCUGAGUACCAGGCCACGUGGGACAAACAGAGCAAGUUGUCAGAGGCCAAGACACAAGGACGGUAUUAUUCUGCAGAGAACAUCUUGGAUACAGAUGCCGAGCAGACGGCCACAUGCGUCCACGAGAGAUCCAGGUCCUCUCCUUCCGCAGACGUUUGUGCACAGAAUUUUCCGUCAUUGUGGAGAGACCCUCGGGCUCAGCAGAGCGGUUACACCACCAGAGGGAAGGCAGAGGGCAGGCAGUGCUACCAGCCCGACCACAGCCCACACUCGGCACCCAUCCCAGGCCUCCCUGACCACAGGACCCAACCAGACCCAGCCGGUCCCUCCCACACCACCAUCUCUGGCCCUCUCAGCCCUGGCUCCCAGCACCCAGCCCAGCCUGCACAAACCCAGGGCCUCCUGCCACCGCCCAGGCCGCAUUUAGGCCCAGAAACCACAUCCUCCUCCCAGGAACUCUUCUCUGGCGCCCAGGCGGAGCUGACAGUGCCCCAGCGUCCGUCCAGCUCCAGCUCUGACAUUCAGCAGCAGGCUCCUGCCCUGAGCUUCUCUCCUGGCCCCACCCUGGCCAGCUCCCCUCACCUCCGCAGGACGUCUAUAGCAAACGUGAGCACAGGAGGCGAAGAAAAGGAGCAGGAGAAGGAGCAGCUGUUGCGUCCUUCCUCCUUUUCAUCUGCAUUCUCACCUUGGACAGCAGCUCUGUCUGUUCCUGUGGCAGAUCCUCCUCGGUCUCCUUCACCGCACUUCAUACCGCUGAGACUGACUGACAAACCCCCGGUCGUGCCCCUGCAGGAUGACUUGCGACUCAGGUCAGACAAUGGGUCGCAGCGAGCACAACUGAUGGAUGUGAACAGUCUAGUGAGGAAGGUCCCCGUCAGGAUCGUGCACACUGAGAGCACCUCUCAUCGGGAGGGACGAGCCCACCUGCACCAGAAUCCCAAGGCUUGUGGCGCCCUCAAGCCGCUUCCUUACAUCAGCUCACAGGCAGCUAUGGAGCCCCCGCCCCUCUCCCUGUUCAGUGCCUACACGUGCCAAACCCCUCAGGAUCCGGCCCCUGAGUUCAGCACAGCAGGGACUCAGUGCUCAAAGGAGGAGGAGCUCGUGAGGGACAUUAUGGGCAGAGACAAGUCUCUAGUGGAGGUCCUGGACCAGAGUGGCAGGAAGACCACCAUGGACCUGAUGGAGGGACUCUUCCCCCCGGAGGAGCAGAUUCUGGAGGGAGCUCACCAGCGCAGGAGGGCGUCUGCCAGCUCCAGGCUGCCCACCUCAUCACCCAGGAGUGACGACAGGAGGGAGGACGAGGAUGUGUCUGCAUUGGCAGCAGCCUCCCUGGUCCCCAGCUCCUCCUACUACAACACGUCUGCUCCCAAAGCCGAGCUCCUCAUCAAGAUGAAGGACAUGCAGGAGCAACUAGAGGAGCAGGACUCUGAGGAUGAGCUGGACGUCGACCUGGCCUUUAAAAAGCAAGAGCUGAUCUCCAGCCUGGCAAGGAAGCUGGAGGUGCUGCGGGAGGCACAGCAGAGCCUGCAGAAGGAUGUGGAGGACAACGAGGCUCUGGGCCACGAAGUGGAAGCCACCGUGCAGCACCUCUGUCAGCCCAAUCAGCUCGACAAGUUCCGCAUGUUCGUAGGCGACCUGGACAAAGUGGUGAGCCUGCUGCUUUCACUGUCAGGGCGACUCGCCCGGGUAGAGAAUGCCCUCAACAGCCUGGAGGACGAAGCCCCUCCAGAGGAGAAGCGAACCCUGACGGAGAAGCGCAAGCUGCUGAUGCGGCAACAUGAAGACGCCAAGGAGCUGAAGGAGAAUCUGGACCGUCGGGAACGACUCGUCUCCAGCAUCAUGGAGGCCCACCUGGACGCGGAAAGCCUGGAUGACUACCGCCACUUUGUCAAGAUGAAGUCUGCGCUCAUCAUCGAGCAGCGCAAGCUGGACGACAAGAUCAAGCUGGGUGAGGAGCAGCUGAAGUGCCUGGUGGACAGUCUGCCGCUGGAGCAGAGGCCGCCGCUCCGAGGCUGCUUCACACAGGAAGCAGGAGGCAUCUGAAUAGUGGCUGAGAUGAUGUUCAGUCUCUCCACAUCUCCAAACCUAUUUUCUGAAACUGUUUGCACACAGAUGAACUUCAGCCACAAACAAGUUUUGCACUGACUGUGAAAGUUUUCUGUUUACAGGAUGUGUUGCAGAUUCACUGAUACCGAUCUGUGCUCUGGUUUAACAGAGAUGAACUCAGCAGCGACUUUUCUCAACCACAGACAGGACUCUGGAGUCAAACCCCAGUCUGUGGCAAGACUGUCGUGCACUUGGUCCACUAAUAAAUGUAGUGAAUCAUUCUUUCAGAAGGCAUGGCACCUUGCAGUGUGACCCAGCUGUCGAUCAAAUUUCCUACAAACAUGUUUGCUGUUGCUCUGUACAGGAGCAGAAUUUUUAGGAGACAGUCCCCUGAACUAAGGACGUGAGUCAGUCAGACUGAUUAAAAGGUGCUUGUACAAUAACUAGAUCAGGACUUUGGCUUGUAAUUAACUGUGAUGUAUAAAUGGACACUGUACAGAGGAAAUGAUGACAAAGAGAGAAAACACCUGUUUCACUACAGAACAGAAUUAGAACAUGAAAAGAAAAUCCUCCCAGGUGAAUCCUCUAAAAGGUUUUCUGGCUUGCAGAAGAAGGCCCUGUGGUCCCAACAGGCUGAUAAUGAUGGAACAAGUGUUUUCUCUUUGACUGAAGACAAAGAUGAUUCAGCUGCACUGGAACUGGAAGACUGAUUGUCAGGGGCGUCUUGUCAGUCACAGUUGUCAAGCUCAUUCUGCAAAAACGUUUCAUAGAUUCGGCUCAAACAGAGACCUGGGAUCACUUUGUAUUAGUUUACUGAUCCUGUACUGUUGUACGUCAACAGGCCUCGAGACGAACAGGAACACGAAACAGAAGGAACCAACUGCUGGCACAGACCACAUGGCAUCUCUCUAAUAUCUGUUUCUCAGGUGUUGUGUUGUAACAUCGCUCCCCCGCCCUGUGUGGCUGCUUUGUAAUCAGUUAUAAUCACAUAUGUUCAAGUUCUGAAUUAUUUCCUAGUAAUUUAUUGUGGCUUUUGGUUAAUAGUUUAAUUUAAUUGUGCUCACGAUGUACUGCAUUUGCAGAUGAAAUGAAGAGUUUGAUUCCAA